UAAAAAGCUCUUGCGUGCUGCUUAAUCAAAAAGGAGUGAGGCAAACGAGGAGCUUGGAUGGCAGGCUGAGCGGACAUGAGCCUAGCUCCGCCGAUCCUCAUUCACCGCGUCAGGUGCACUGUCCUGAGCCGCAGCCUAUGGCAAGGACGACAUGCAUCUCUCUAGUCACACCUAGCACCCUGGAUUUAAAGGUGUGAAUGUGAGGCUGAGAGUCACGCCCGUUGCGCUAUGGAUCCAAACGUGCGACACGUGUAUUCCUCGUCUCCACCUGCCCUGGGCGGGGGGGUGGAGGAAGACGACGAAUUUGGAGAUUUCGGGGGCUUCUCCGGGGCCAGUUUCACAGAGCUUGACAUUCCUAUUGGCUUCUGCGAUACCCACCCGACGGAGCCUUGGAGUCUGGAUCACCUUGGCAACGGAAUAGCUAGGUUUGCAGGUGUGAGCUCGGGGUAUCCCUGCAACGGGGAUGACGUGGAGGUUACAAAAUCGUGCACUGGCAACAUCCAGGCCUCUGGUCUGGGUUUCCCCCUGCCCAGGAAAACCAUCCAUAUAGGGGACUGGAAACGGCAAGUGGAUCAGCACCUUCCUGAGGGCAGGAACUCUAGAGGAACAGAGGUGAACUUCAGUCAGGGUGAAUCCUGGACCUGCAACGGUGAUGUGGCACACUCUAAGGCCGUCACGAAAGGUUAUGUCCAUGCCCCCAAACGUGGAUGUACAAUCGCACACCCCAAGGAAGACCAAUGUCCAUCCCAUCCUGAGGAAGAGUUUGUAAAUCCUGCUUCUCACUCUAACAGCGGUUUGUCAUGGGGGGGGCGACACAUUUUCGAUCCUGAAGAGAACUCAGAUUUGGACAAGAUGGAGAAGGAGUCUGUCAAAGGGACAAUCCUGGGAAUGAACGGGCUGAGGAGCGUGAGCCACAUGCCGAUGGCCACCGGGACCCUGAGCAACUGGUACGGGGGGGGGGCCGAGCCAGAGGGCGAUGGACGUCACCCUGGAACGACUCUCAGUCAGAACACUGUUAAGCUCUCCUGGGAGGAGCCAAGCGCUGCCAAAGAGGAGGCUGAAGCAGAGGAUCGUGGGAAAAGGGAGAGGGUUGAGCUCACUGCUGGCAGGAGGGAAGGGGAAGUGAGCCAGGUGGGUAGCAGGGAGACCAGAGUCCGGGACAUGGAGUCCUCUUGGGCGACCCGGGUCUCUGUCGGCCAGAACAUUGAGUCCUUCUGUCAAGUGGUUUCCACUGAUAAGGUUGAGAACUUCGGCGACUUCAGCUCGGACUGCACAGGGGACUUGAGGGUGGUGGAGGACAAGAACUUUGAAAACUCCAAGGACACCAGCUUGAGCUCUGCGAGCCAGACGGCGUUGGUGGAUCUUUGCGCCAUGCUGUCAAGGGAAUCGUCAGAUGCGGGGCGGGUUGUAGGGGCGGUUUUUGGAGGGGAGGGGAUGACCGAGAGUUUGGCAGGCUUCCCCGGCAGCGACAGCUUCGCGGACUUCAGCUCUGCUCCCUUGGGGGCAGAACCAAGUCCGGAGUGGGAUGCUUUCGGAGAGCAAGACAGGGUACAGGCUGGGGGUGACUCUUGGGUUGCAUUUGGAGUGGAGGAAAGUGCUACUGCUUUCUCAAAGGACAGUAAAGCAAGUUGGUUGGAUGUUUUGAAUGCUGCCUCCACAUCGCCCUCUUCUGAGAACCCGUGGAACUGCAGGAGGGGCAGUCUGUCGGCGUCUCUGAGCAGCUGCCUGGAGCGGCUCUUCCAGACCAGCUUCCCAAAGGUUCAGACGGCCGAGCCCCAGGGCGUGGUGUCCCCUCUCGGGGCCUUGCUGCAGGGGCCUGGGGAGCAGCAGGCCACUGCCACCCCUUGGUCAGACGUCUUCUUCCUACGGGCUCCGUGGGACGUGUGGCGGCGACUGCAGGACAUCCACGGUGCCCUGGGCCUGCGGCACCAGUGGGGCGGUUCCCGUGGCAACAGAGUACUGCUGAUGUCCCUGGGCAUGGACACCAGGAACACUGCCACGGCACAGCCCUCCAGAGAAGCUGUCAAAUCAAUCUCUGCGACGGAGAAGAUCCCUUGUACAGCACAGACACCAUCUGUGUCCCCAGAAAAAAGCACUUCCUCAACAGAUUCAACCCAGGUGAAGAAGCAGUUAAGACUAUAAGUUUAAGUUGAUGGGAAGGAAUGUUUUGGACAUAUGAGUUGCUGUUUGAUCCUCCCCACACUAGGUGGCACUCCCACAAGUCAUGUUCGAUUGGAGCAGUAGUGGCCUUACAAAUCCUCUGGGCGGUACGGUCCUCCGUGGUGCAGCCUGCGAUCUCCAGUCCAUGCAGAGCCCCCACUCCUGGUUUAUUCUAUUGAAUUAUUUAAUUAUUUUUGCUUAUCCCGUACCAUCUCUGAAUGUGACAGUCCAGGUUCCUCCUCGUGCUGUUUAAGGUGGCGCGCGAAGGCGUAAUCGGCGCUUGUUGGAGGAGCCUGGUGAGGUUCUGUCGCCCCCUUAAGUUUUCUGCCUCUGACUGGCCGUGGGCGUCACUCUGUAAUGAACUCAAGUCCAAAAAAACAGCACAAAUAACUUAUGAGCAUCUUGGUUGCCGUCUUCAUUGAUUGUUUUACAUGAGGGGGGGGGGGGUCAUGUAUACCUGGGAACUUACCCACCCCCAGUUUUGCCAACAUUUCCUUCAUGUGUGUCCACGAAAUACAAUGACAUGGUUGUAACAUUUGUCUGUAAAUCUGAGCAGAAGAUAGAGAGAUGGGGCUCCUGUGUUUAAUGUAUCUGAUGCCUCUCGAGCAAACGCCUUUUUCAGGGAAGCGUGUUUCUUCCGACAGCCUCAGUAUGAGGGGAAG